GAUGGCCUGCGGGCGCCACCGGGUUCUUGGUUCCAGCCCGGGGGCGCAGAGUAGGUUUAGAGGCGAGUGGGACCGGACAGUCCAGAGCUGGGAGAGCCUAAGAGAACCCGCGAGGCCGAAGCCGCCGCCCCCGGAGUGGCCCCAGCCUCUUGCUCUCCACCGUCAGCUCAUCUUCUUCUGGGCUCGGGUGCCCCGGGCCCCGGGAGCUGCCGAGCUGGGGGGGCGCUCGAGCUGCGAGGAUCCGGGCUGCCCGCGAGAAGAAGAGCGGGCGCCCAGGAUGGGGUGCGUGAAGUCCAAGUUCCUCCGGAAUAGAGGCAAGGCCUCCAAGUCUGAGUCCAGCACCAACCUGCAGAGCCCUGGGUACAUGCCAGAUCCCACGACCCCGAUCAAGUUGGGGCCUAACUACAAUGGCAACCCCCCAGGGUUUGUGGAGGCAGGCUCUGAGGACACUGUUGUGGUCGCCCUGUACGAUUACGAGGCCAUCCACCGUGAAGACCUCAGCUUCCAGAAGGGGGACCAGAUGGUGGUCCUGGAGGAGGCUGGGGAGUGGUGGAGGGCGCGAUCUCUGGCCACCAGGAAAGAGGGCUACAUCCCAAGCAACUAUGUGGCCCGCGUGAAUUCCCUGGAGACGGAGGAGUGGUUCUUCAAGGGCAUCAGCCGGAAGGACGCAGAGCGCCACCUCCUGGCUCCCGGCAACGUGCUGGGCUCCUUCAUGAUCCGGGACAGCGAGACCACAAAAGGGAGCUACUCUCUGUCGGUGCGAGACUACGAGCCCCACCAAGGAGACACGGUGAAGCACUAUAAGAUCCGGACCCUGGACAACGGGGGCUUCUACAUUUCCCCGAGGAGCACCUUCAGCAACCUACAGGAUCUGGUGGCCCACUAUAAGACCACCUACAACAAGCACACCAAGGUGGCGGUGAAGACGAUGAAGCCGGGGAGUAUGUCGGUGGAGGCCUUCCUGGCCGAGGCCAACCUGAUGAAGACGCUGCAGCAUGACAAGCUGGUGAAGCUGCACGCGGUGGUCACCCAGGAGCCCAUCUUCAUCGUCACAGAGUUCAUGGCCAAAGGAAGCCUGCUGGACUUUUUGAAAAGUGGAGAAGGCAGCAAGCAGCCCUUGCCAAAACUCAUCGACUUCUCAGCCCAGAUUGCAGAAGGCAUGGCCUUCAUCGAGCAGAGAAACUAUAUCCAUCGGGACCUCCGAGCCGCCAACAUCCUGGUCUCUGCAUCCCUGGUGUGUAAGAUUGCUGACUUUGGCCUGGCACGGAUCAUCGAGGACAACGAGUACACGGCUCGGGAAGGGGCCAAGUUCCCCAUCAAGUGGACAGCUCCUGAGGCCAUCAACUUCGGCUCCUUCACCAUCAAGUCGGACGUCUGGUCCUUUGGAAUCCUACUGAUGGAAAUUGUCACCUAUGGCCGGAUCCCUUACCCAGGAAUGUCAAACCCAGAGGUGAUCAGGGCGCUGGAGCACGGGUACCGGAUGCCUCGACCCGAGCACUGCCCCGAGGAGCUCUACAACAUCAUGACCCGCUGCUGGAAAAACCGCCCGGAAGAGCGGCCCACCUUUGAAUAUAUCCAGAGUGUGCUGGAUGAUUUCUACACGGCCACCGAGAGCCAGUACCAACAACAGCCUUGAUGGGCAGGACCAGGCCGGGGCCAGGAGGUGCCCAGGAGGUGUCUCCAACACCAGCCACUGGAGCCCAUUCAUCCUUCCCAUUCCCAGACACCCACCCUCACUGCAGCCACAGUCUCCUCACCUGCCAAGUGGAUGGGUGGACUGGACAGUCUCUUUUUUACUCUACCAAUCCACACUGUGCCAUUCUCAGGAGUCUCCCAAGUUGAUAUUUCUAUUGCCUGGGAUGAUUGAAUUCCAAUUACAGCUGUGAUUUAGAAAUGUUUAAAAUUAUAAAAUAAGUAUUUAAAUAAAAACUAUUGGAUAAAAGAUAUGAAUGCCAAGGCCUUUACUGGAAGUUCUGCCCUCCUGUCCUUCCAGUUCCAGAAUACCUAUUUGCCUUCUUGCUGCAGGCGGAAGGACAUUCCUAGAGAGCAGAAGUGUAAAGAAAAGUGACAUUCAAUGCUCAAAGUUUUCCAACUGUCCUAAAACAAUUGCUGGCUGUAUUAGUUUCUUAUUGCUGCUGUAACAAGUAUGGUGACUUCAAACAAUGCAAAUUUAUUAUCUUAUGGUUCCAGAAAUCAGAGUUUGAAAUGGGUUGUCAGAGCUGCCUUCCUUCUGGAGGACCCAGGGGGAAAAUUGUUUCCUUGUCUUUUCUGCCUUCAAGAGGCCACACCUGCCUUGGCUCAUGGUUGCCUCUGUACAUCAUUCUGAACUCUGUUUCCAUCAUCGCUUCCCCUAUACCAAUUCUGAGUCUCCUGUUUCCCUCUUCAGCAUGUAAGGAUCCCUGGAAUUACACUGGACUUGCCCAAAAAAUACAGAACACUUUUUCCAUCUCAAGAUCCUUAAUCGUAUGUGGAAAGUCCCUUUUGCUGUGUAAGUAAGGUAACCUUGUCACUGUCUCUGGGGGUUAGGUCAUGAACAUCCUGGAGGGGCCGUUAUUCUGCCUAUCGCACUGGCAUCCAGAUGCUGGAUGAGUGCUGCCUCCCAGGACCAGGUACUGCCAGAUGCUAGGAAUGAUUUCUCAUGAUCUGACUGUCCUGCCAAGCCAUGUUUCUAGCUGAGCUGGUUGGUCUAGAUCUCCCCCAGGGUGGGUGCUACCUGAAGCCCUGGCAGCUCCUAUGGCCACAUGGCCAUCGUGAUUGUUAAGAUGGUAUUCAUUGUUGCAGGAAUCCUGGAGUCUAGAAAUGGGGCAGCUGAGAGAUACCUCGUACCGUGCUUGGAAAGCUCUCGAUGGGCUGGGGAGGGAGACUUAACAGGAAGCAGAGGAGACAAGAAAGCAGGGGGUGCUUCCCACAGGUGAAAAACUGAACCUUUCUGGCAGUUAACUUUUUUGGUUUUGGGGGUCGGGGGAGGUUACCAGG